UGGACAAGCGUGAGAGAAAACAAAUGCAAUGGAUAUUAUCUCAAUAAGGCUCAGCACGUUAUCAUCAAACUGAUAUGCUCCUUUCUGUUCCUUGACUCAGAAUGAUGUUAGCAUUUUUUGCACCUAGUUUCAAUGCUUUAUGUUUGCUAAAAUAAGCGACAAAAACUCACACGUUGAAUAAUUCUGUGAGCUAGCUCGUGAGCGAUCUUAUCACCAUAGCGCUUAUAUGCGCAAAACCCGAAAAAUGCCACUUUAGACGUGUAAGAUUGGUAGUUUGAUAACAUUUUUUAGCUGCUAGCCCAGAGUAGUUAGUUGGGUAACGCAGACGUGCUGUGACGUAAUCAGACAUCGCGUGGAGCCAAUCGACGAGCAGUAUGGGCGACCACCUGACAGAAAGUGGGUGUUCUCGACGUGCGUGGGCAUAUAUAACAACUGAAGCGGAAGUAGUCAGGCGCCAUUUCGUGAAGGAGCUGCGAGUGAUCCUAUCUUCCUCACCCGCUGUGACGAAAGCGGACCAGCAGCUUUUUUUUCCUUCCCUAAUUUCUUUCUUCUUCUUCUCCCCAAUUGGAUAGCUGCAUAACACCCCGACUGAUGGAAGCACCUCUUAGUUCGCCUCACGAAAGCUCUCUGGUGGGGCUGUCCUGCGGCGUAAUGGACCCGCACGCUAGCACCGGCAAGCGUAUCCGCAAGCCCUCUCUGCUCUAUGAGGACUUUGAGAGCCCCUCCCUGCCACACACCAUACCGCCAGGUCCACCUGCCCCUCCGCAGCCUGCUGUCAGGGACCCGUCCCGACAGGGCCGGGCCACUAAUCACCUGCAGUACCUCCAGAAGACCCUGCUCAAGUGCCUUUGGAAACAUCAAUUCGCGUGGCCCUUCCACGAGCCAGUGGAUGCGCACAGGCUCAAUUUGCCUGACUACCACAAGAUAAUCAAGCAGCCCAUGGACAUGGGCACCAUCAAGAAGCGCCUGGAGAACAACUUCUACCGCUCUGCCAGCGAGUGCAUCCAGGACUUCAACACCAUGUUCACCAACUGCUACAUCUACAACAAGCCAACUGAUGACAUUGUGCUGAUGGCCCAGUCCCUGGAAAAGAUCUUCCUCCAGAAGGUGGCACAGAUGCCCGAGGAGGAGGUGGAGCUCCCUGCGCCCGCCCCCCGCAGGAAGAGCAGCCAAGGACGCGGCCGCAAGACGAGCCCCAUGCGGGCGCAGCAGGUGCCGGCUGUGUCGCAAUCGGCCUAUUCGCCGUCCUCCUCGGACACGGGCGAUUCCAUGCUGGCCAGUUCGCCGCAGAUGGUGCUGACCAAGAGCUUACCCCCGGCCACCAUCAUGGGCCUGCCUCCCACGCAGCCCACCACCAAGAAAAAGGGAGUUAAGCGCAAGGCGGACACCACCACUCCGUCCACCAUGGGUUUGACGGUGGGCAUUUCGGCAGAGGCACACGGACACUUGGUGGGAUUGGGCAAAGGAGGCCACGGCGGACAGGUCCACGACUCCCCCAUGAACGCCAUCUCCUGCAUUGGCGGCAUGACCCUGGAAACGCCGCCCGUCAUGGGCCUGGUCCACAGCCCCGGCGGACCCGUACUACUGCAGCCCAUGAUGUCGGUGGUGGGGCGGCGCGUGGGCAGCGGGCGUCCCAUCAAGCCACCCAAGAAGGACCUGCCUGACUGUGCGCAGCUGCAGCCCUCGCGAAAGGGCAAGCUGAGCCCGCCCAUGCGUUACUGCAGUGGGCUGCUCAAAGACAUGCUAUCCAAGAAGCACGCCGCCUACGCCUGGCCCUUCUACAAACCCGUGGAUGCCGCUGAGCUCGGCCUGCAUGACUAUCACGACAUCAUCAAGUGUCCCAUGGACCUCAGCACCAUCAAGAGGAAGAUGGACGGCCGCGAGUACCGUGACGCGCAGCAGUUUGCCGGAGACGUGCGCCUCAUGUUCUCCAACUGCUACAAGUACAACCCGCCCGACCACGACGUGGUGGGCAUGGCCCGCAAGCUACAGGACGUGUUUGAGUUCAGCUUUGCCAAAAUGCCCGACGAGCCACAGCUGGACCACACCACCAUGUCCUUGAGCGGCCACCCAACAUCCUCCUCCUCCUCCUCAUCGUCAUCGUCGUCGUGUUCCUCCUCGUCCACGUCCGAAAGCGAGCCCAGCAGUGAGAGUGAGGAGAGCGAGAGCAGCCCCAGCUCGGACAGUGAGGAGGAGCGAGCUCACCGGCUGGCCGAACUGCAGGACCAGGUAUGCACGCAGCUUCGUGCCGUGCACGAGCAGCUGACUGCGCUCUCCCAGGGCCCCAUCGUGAAGCCGAAGAAGAAGCGUGAGAAGAAGGACAAGAAAGAGAAGAAAAAGCGCAGGAAGCCGGACAAGCGAAGCCGUGGAGCCAAAAGCCGAGCGGGUUCCGAAGAGUGGACCAUGCCCACUAAAAUGCUCAAGAACAAGGCAUCGAGAGCCGGCACAUCGCAGACCAAGAAGAGCCAGACCAAGAAGAGCAGCAAGAGCGCCAAGAAGUCGUUCUACCCGCCGCUGCCAUCCAGCAUGCUUCCGCACUACGACUCUGAGGAGGAGGAGGAAAUCGUACCCAUGACGUACGACGAGAAGCGCCAAUUGAGCUUGGACAUCAACAAGUUGCCGGGCGAGAAACUGGGCCGCGUCGUGCACAUCAUCCAGUCGCGGGAGCCCUCUCUGCGCGACACCAACCCCGAGGAGAUUGAGAUCGACUUUGAAACGCUUAAACCGUCCACGUUGAAGGAACUGGAGCGCUACGUCAUGACGUGUCUGCGGAAGAAGCCGCGCAAGCCCUACACUGACCUGGCAAUGAAGAAAGGCGGUGCAGUCAAAUCCAAAGAGCAGCUGACCCUGGAGAAGCGUCUGGAGCUGGAGCGGAGGCUGCAGGACGUCAGCGGGCAGCUGAACUCGACCAAGAAGCCUGCAAAACCCAAAGUGGAGAAGGCCAACCCCGCCGAGGCCCAGGCACAGCCCUCGCGCCUCAGCGGCAGCAGUUCCAGCUCAGACUCGUCCUCCUCUUCUUCCUCCUCGUCAUCCUCGUCUUCGGACACCAGUGAGUCAGACUCCGGCUGAGACCCUUUGCGGCUAAAAUAGAAAACAGUAAUUAAAAAGAAGAAGAAGAAGCAACUCAGGGACUUGGGCUGGCCCAGGAAGCGACGUUCCCUGAAAACGGACUACUGAACUGAACUCCUUUUGAAUGUUAGACUUGAAGGAUGUGUGAGGAAAAGAAACAAAACACUUAAUGCCUUUGCUUUCUCCCUCCUAUCUUUUUUUUUCUGUUUGUAAAUACGUGUACAAAAUUGUAUGUUUCUUUUAUAAAGAAGAAUUUUAUGAUUAUUUCCACCAGAGAAGAAUGUAUUCUUCUCUGGAGCUAUUCUAUUUAUUUGAAAACCUUCAAUCUUGAUGCUUUCUUUAUCGCUUCAUCCCUCAAUGGAGCCUUGCUUCGUCCUCAGCCUGUCGAUGGAACUACGGAAAGCCGUUUGAGCAUUCAUUCAUAUCCUUGAUGUCCAUUUUCUUGUAUGCUUUUUUUUGGUCAUUACUACGGUAAGACAAUUCGCUAUGCUACUGGUGCACUAAAUGUUGACUGAAAACUAGUGUGCGCAAAUUCUCAAAAGCCGUUAUUCCUGAUAGGUCCAUGUACUCGUACGCUCUUUGUCAAUACAUCUUUAUUUCUGUCGCACUUUCACAAAGCUGGAGCUGUAACAAAGGGCAUACUAGUACUUGGACCUUAACACAAGUGCAGUAGUUGGAAUAUUGAUUAAACAUUCGUAUGGCUUUAUGGCAAGCCUUUUGAGCAUUUAUUGAAUAUUCUGUUGCACUGAAUUAUCUUAAUAGUCAGGACAAAGAGUACAUGGACCUAAAGGAUGAUGGAAUAAAUACUCAAAACGGCUUGCCAUAUGUAACGGUAAAGGUGCAAGUGUAAUUUUUCUUGAUGUUGCUGUUGAACAAUGGGAAAAAAAUAGCCACCUGACUUCAUUUCAUCCCUGAUUUCCUCUUCACUGUUACAGGAAAACAUGCCGACCAUUUGGCAUUUGUGCAUGUUCACCGUUUAGAAUGUGAAUGAGCGCCACGCUGUUAUGUGGUAGUAAGGCUUGUAUAUUCUUAAAUGUUUUAUGCUGUUGCACAAACUACUGCAUCUGCCCUGCUGUUACCUUCUUUGUUCCAGUUCUUUUUAUGUUGCUCUUACAGAACUUCUCUCAUUCCAGUUUACUUGUUUGCUCACUGAGAGCGUCUCCGUCCUGUUUCGACGCUCACCUUUUUUUCCCCCUUCCAUUUGACAGCUUUGAUUAUUAAAAUAAUCUGUAGGAACGA